AUGGCCCAGGCUGAGGGAACUCCGCCGACAUUCGUCGUCGGACAACAUGAAUCCGAUCGGAAAUUCCGUAUCAAUAAUGAAAUAUCUCAAUUGGCUCAUGAUAAUGGGUAUGAUAUGCUUACAACACCAAUAACGACACCGCAUUUUCAAUCGCGUGUCCUUUCACUACUGUCAAGCCAUCUUUCCACAGUUCAUCAGCCAGUCCAGGACGUGACUGGCACAUAUUUCACCUCGCGUAAUUCUGCACCUCUCAAAAUACCCUCAUUUACGACAGCAGACACGAAUCUGCGACCAGAAGGAACCAACAGUUAUGUGGUUGCCGUGUCAAGUCGAUGGAUAGACAUGUGUUCGCCAGACCCACUUAUUGCUGAUAUAUCUCGCCAAGUUCUCUUGUUGGAACUUGCUUAUGCUGCAUUUUGUGGCAUCCAUCAUGCUAUCAUUCCUGGUCCAAAACUACACCAUGGAAGCUCACAUGGGGAUGGGCUGAUUUACUAUGCUCGAGCAAUUCAAGAGGUUUUAACAACCGCACCAUUUAUUCGCAUCAAUAUCUGGUUACCUGUCGUUGACAAUCCCGAGUUGGAAGCAGACCAAAUGGGAGAUAUAUCUCCGUUUGCUAGGCCCGAAUAUUUGGGCAACACAAUGCCUGAAGUAUCCCCAAAGUUAGAUUUGUUUGGAACCUGGAAUGCGUGGAAUAUAAUUAGGAGAGUUUGUAAAUAUCAUACAAGAUUAACAGUAGCCUUAUCGUUACCUCGACAGCUUCCUCCAUCCACUGUGCAGACAAGGUGGUUGUCAGAGCCUGUUCGUAUACUUACAUUGACAAGCACUUCGUUCGUGAAAAACCCUAAAAAUUACCCUGUUCUUAGCAAAGCACAUCAGUCAUACAUAUUUCGUGCAAUGCGAGGCAUCCCUCCAUGGAUCUUUCUCUGCGACGUUGGGCCGAUACCUGGACUGGAGAAGGUAGAAGGCUAUUCUCCGACACCUGCUGAGGCAGCACAGGCUCCAAAGAAAAAGGACGACCUGGUGCCGCAUCUGUCAUAUAUACGAAACCUAGAGAGGAAACAGCCACAGUGGAGUCGUGUGGAAAGCUUCACUCUGGGAUAUCAAGAUUACUUGCAGGCACCACUGCAACCUCUCACGGUUAACCUUGAAAGCGUGACAUACGAGGUUUUCGAAACGGAUCCAGUCAAGUAUGAAUGGUAUGAGCGGGCUAUUGCGAAAGCUCUAAAGGACUGGGCACUUGAAAAGAAACCGACAUCCAGUCAGGAUGGCCGGGUGGUAUUAGCUGUAGUCGGUGCUGGGCGUGGGCCUUUGGUCUCUAGGGCCAUUCGAGCAAGUGUUGAAGCUGGAGUUGACAUUGAGUUGUGGGCUUUAGAGAAGAACCAAAAUGCAUUUGUCCACCUCCAGAGGCAAAACGAAGCUGUCUGGGCCGGAAGUGUGACACUGGUGCAUUCUGAUAUGAGAAGCUGGAAAGGACCAGUUCGAGAAAUCCAGGCUGAAGAAUUGAUGCUCAAGAAGAAUUCUAACAUACUUUCAGAUCCAGCGGCCGAAACCAAGCCUUCGAAAGUUCACUACCCCAUCGACAUCAUCAUAUCUGAGCUUCUGGGUUCGUUUGGUGACAAUGAACUAUCACCAGAAUGCCUUGAUGGUGUCGAUCAUCUUUUAAACCCCGUUCAUGGAAUCUCAAUUCCUACUUCAUAUUCAUCGCAUAUUACACCCAUCUCAGCACCUCGUCUUUAUGCGGAUACUCAGAAUCAGACCAAAUCGAACCCGGCUGCUCCGGAAACCCCUUAUGUUGUCAUGUUACAUGCAUUCGACUACCUUUCAACUACUGCGCCAGCGGUUUCCCAUCUUAGUAGCGUGGCUUCUAGCGCUGCGGCCUCUACUUCAACCUCAACUCCUUCUGCAACUCCACCACCCAUGAAAGAGGCAGAUACCCCGAUUAUUCAGGCAGCCUGGACUUUUUCGCACCCGAAUCCGAACAUACCAGAGGAUUCGAGGUUAUCAGCUAGACCUUCAAACUCUCAUAACACUCGCCAGACUCGACUAACUUUCCCCUGCACUGAGGGCGGCACAUGCCAUGGUUUGGCAGGAUAUUUCGAAACUGUGUUAUAUCGGGAUGUUGAAUUGUCGACCAAUCCUCUCACUAUGGAUGCUAAAAGCAAGGAUAUGAUAAGCUGGUUCCCCAUAUACUUCCCCUUGAAGAGCCCUUUGUAUAUACCUGAAAACUCGGACAUUGUCCUGACCAUGUUUAGACAGACAGACGACCGGAAAGUCUGGUAUGAGUGGUUUGUGGAAGAAAGGCUAUUUCUUUUGGCAUAUCGGGAAGACGCGCUAAUUUUGCACAAUGUUGAGUUAAUUUUUUGGGACGAAAACAUGAAAAGAAUUGCCGGGUUUGGUUUCCUGGAGGAAAUGAGCAAAAAGAAUUACAAGAAUCUGUAA